GGGCGGGUGAUGGCGGCGGCGGCGGCGGCGGCGUCGGGCGCUGUGGAUGCCUCCUCCGUCGGGCCGCGGGAGGAAGCCCGGCCCGGCCCCGCGGCCUGAGCGCGGCCCGCUGCGGCGGGGCGUCGCGCUGCUGCGCCUGCUCGCGCUGCGCCUGGGGCUGCUGUGCGUGUGGCUGUGCCGGCGCCUGGGCCGCGCGCUCAUGGCCGCCCGCCGGGCCGCCCGCGCCGCGCCGGGACCCGCACCCGGACCCGCGCCCGGAACUGGACCCGGACCCGGACCCGGACCCGCACCCGCACCCGCGGCCGGGGAGGCCGAGGCGGUGCGCGCGCGCCACAAGCAGGCCUUCGAGUACAUCUCGGUGGCGCUGCGCAUCGACGAGGACGACCAAGCAGGACAAAAGGAGCAAGCCGUGGAAUGGUAUAAGAAAGGUAUUGAAGAACUCGAAAAAGGAAUCGCCGUCAUAGUCACAGGCCAAGGUGAACAGUGUGAAAGAGCUCGACGCCUUCAAGCUAAAAUGAUGACUAAUUUGGUUAUGGCCAAGGACCGGUUACAGCUUCUAGAGAAGCUACAGCCAGUGUUGCAGUUCUCCAAGUCACAAACAGAUGUCUAUAAUGACAGUACUAACCUGACCUGCCGCAACGGACACCUUCAGUCAGAAAGUGGAGCUGUUCCAAAAAAGAAAGAUCCUUUAACUCACACGAGUAACUCACUGCCUCGCUCAAAAACAGUGGCGAAAACUGGAUCUACAGGCCUUUCUGGCCACCACCGAGCGCCCAGUUACAGCGGCCUGUCCAUGGUCUCCGGAGCCAGGCAGGGCCCUGGGCCUGCAGCUGCUUCUCAGAAGAAUGCUCAAAAAACAAACAGAACAAAUAAGCCUUCUACCCCUACAACUGCUGCUCGUAAAAAGAAAGACUUGAAGAAUUUCCGAAAUGUGGACAGCAAUCUUGCUAACCUUAUUAUGAAUGAAAUUGUGGACAAUGGGACAGCUGUUAAAUUUGAUGAUAUAGCUGGCCAGGAGUUGGCAAAACAAGCAUUGCAAGAAAUUGUAAUUCUUCCUUCUCUAAGGCCUGAGUUGUUCACAGGCCUGCGCGCUCCCGCCCGAGGAUUGCUGCUCUUUGGUCCUCCUGGAAAUGGGAAGACAAUGCUGGCUAAAGCAGUAGCUGCAGAGUCUAAUGCAACCUUCUUUAACAUAAGUGCUGCAAGUUUGACUUCAAAAUAUGUGGGAGAAGGAGAGAAGCUGGUGCGAGCUCUCUUUGCUGUGGCUCGGGAACUUCAGCCUUCCAUCAUCUUCAUAGAUGAAGUCGAUAGCCUUUUGUGUGAAAGACGGGAAGGAGAGCACGAUGCCAGUCGGCGGCUGAAAACGGAGUUUCUAAUAGAAUUCGAUGGUGUCCAGUCGGCUGGCGAUGACCGCGUACUUGUGAUGGGGGCGACCAACCGGCCGCAGGAGCUGGACGAGGCCGUCCUCAGGCGUUUCAUCAAACGAGUGUAUGUUUCUUUGCCAAACGAGGAGACGAGACUACUUUUACUUAAAAAUCUGCUGUGUAAACAAGGAAGCCCGUUGACCCAAAAAGAACUAGCUCAACUUGCUAGAUUGACUGAUGGAUACUCAGGAAGUGAUCUCACAGCUUUGGCGAAAGACGCAGCACUGGGACCUAUUCGGGAACUGAAACCAGAACAAGUGAAGAACAUGUCUGCCAGCGAGAUGAGAAAUAUUCGAUUAGCAGACUUCACUGAAUCCUUGAAAAAGAUAAAACGCAGUGUGAGCCCUCAGACCUUAGAAGCAUAUGUACGCUGGAACAAGGACUUUGGAGAUACCACCGUUUAAGACAUUUGUAAGCUGCAGAAUAUUCCAUCUUCCAGGAGGGAAACGCCACCUUCCAAGAAUAGUUACCAGCUACAGGAACUCAGCCUAAGUUUACAGAACUUUUCAUACUUCUAAUUCUGCAUCCUAGAAGAUAAACAUGAAAAAAGAUUUAAAUAAGAUCUACAAUGCAAAUGGAAUAUUUUCAUUUUUUAAACGAUAUUUUCGGUUUCAUGCAUCUUGAUUUACACUGGUUAGUUUCAUGCAUAAAGGAAUAUUUUCUUUAAGGUCUUACUGCCGUGAUCAUGGUUACCCCACUGGGCACUGGAACUUGGAGCACAACGAAACCCGCAUCUGGUCUUUCCCAGCAGCGUCAGAAUGAAUGUACAUAUUUGUAUAUUGUGUUGCAGAUUAAAGUAUUCCGGAGACAGUGAAUGGUAGAAAACACAAGAGCCUUGGUUAUUUGCCUUUUGGUGUCUUCAGCAGUAGUUGUUCCUGUUUUCCUUUUCUCCUGUGCUCUUUACUGAAGUGAUUGGAAUACCAAAUACUUUCAUUUUUCACCUUUUUUCUUUGUCUAAACCCAGUGUGCCAAAUGAGAAUUUUUCCCAAUGUGACAGUGGUAGGAAAAAGUAUUUUGGGAUUGUUUUCUUCAUAAACUUAUAGACAUUAAACAGUUGUAUUCUCUUUUUUAUUUUUCUUUUUACCUUCCAUACGUUUUAGAAAGGAAAAUGAUGGCCACGAAGCAAAUCUGAUGAGAGAGGAGGGGGAGGUUGUUGGAAGGUUUGAGUUCCUCUGUCAUACAACAUGUAGAUCGAUCCUCACGUGACCUGCAGUAUUGUUUUCAAGUACAUCUGUCAGAAAUCUGUGUAGACUGUUAACUUAUUCCUCCUGGGAUUUAUUUUCUGCUAGGAAUAUUCUAAUAUUUAGACAAAGACCAUGUUGGGGUGGAGAGUCAGCCCAGUGGGUUGGCACUUUCCUUGCUCACGACUGCCCAUGUGACUUCCGUCCGCAAGCUCUCCCAGCAGGGCCCCUGCACACGAGCCUCAAGUAAGCCCUUAGCAGGCAAGUGAAACGGGACAACUUAAACUGCUAUUAAAAAAAAAAAUCAUUGCGGUACGAGAGAAGAAAAGAACUGAGAGCCAAAAUAUUUAUAAUUUAUUGCUUAUUGCUUUCUUAUGGUUUACAGGAUAAUUAUAAGGCAGUGGAUAUCCCAUCUUUAAUAUGAAUCAUUAAUCUCUCCAAUGAACUAAAUUGCUGUUUUUAUAUACUGCAUAUAUUUUCUAGGUUUCUUGUGUGCUCCCUUUGUUAACUAAUGUCUUAGUCUAUUACUCAACCUUUUGUGUCCCCCAAAUGUACAGUAAUUCUAUUUCUCGUUUGUACAUGCCUGGAUUUUUAUUACAAAAAUGUCAUUGUAGGUAGUAGAGAUUCCUGGCCUUUCAAAUAUUGUAAUGAAAGCAAAUGGAUAUUUGCACUUAGUUUACUGAUUAAAAGUUUGUUUACAGAAAUUUUCUUUGGUGCUUAAAUGAUGUUACGUAAAAUGGGUAGAAGGAAUAAUUUUAUAGUAGUAACGAAGAUUAACAAAGUACUUUCACUUGGGAAAAACGCCCUUGAUUUUUGAGGAAAUAAGAUUUCAAAAACCUUGUUUCCCCCAAUAGAUAAGCAUUUUAUAAUGAAGACUUUCUCCUUAGUUUUAUUCUUGUUCUUUUGAAAGAUUUAUCUAACUGGAGAACAUGUAUGAUUUCUUAAGAUCAUCUUUUUUUAGCCAUAACUUAGGUCUUCUCUAAUUGAUUUUAGAAAUCCCCAGAUAAUAAAAUAAGUAGGAAAGUCAUAUACAUUUUUGUCAGUUUGAGUAGUAUCUUAAAUGUCUAAGAUAUUAAAAAAUAUUGGCAAUAAAAAAUUACUUAUAUAAGAAUCAAAAGUACCCUAAACAUAAAAUUUUUCAUUAAAGCUCAUUUCAUUUUUCAUUUUCCUUUGAAAGAUUUUAGAAACAUUUUUGGUAGUUGGUUAACUAGUCAGUCAUAUUAAAAACCUCGAGUUCACAUUUUAAAAUAGUCUAUAAAAUUUAUCAGCAGGAAACUUACAAUUAUUCUAUGCAAUAAUUUAAUAACCAUUUUUUAUUGGAUAAGCUUUUAGAUAACAGAUUUCAAAUAUUAUGAGCUAUAAAGUCAAAUGAUCACAAGCCUCUCGUAGAGUUUUACUCCCAUGUGAACAGACAUCUGUAGAGAGAAGCUAUUUCCUUUCCUCACCAUGUUCGAAGUUGCUAGAGAAUUAUUUUUUCUGACUUAAAAACAAUGAUCGUGUUUUAUUUAAAGCUAUGUUUCUUUCAUAGAACGGCCAGGAAAAAGUAGUUUUAGAGUAGGAGGUAUAAGGGAAUGGUUCUGUCCCUUUCAAUAAGGACAAAAGUUGCUGAGAGUUUCUAAACAAAUAAUAGGUGUAGAUUGUCAGCGUUUGGAUUUUGCAUCGAGCUCUGUCACAUUACCUCCUAAACAGUAAGUCUUAACAUCUUAAGCAUUUGCUUGCUCUAACUGUUAAUUCAAAGUUUCGUAAAGUGAAUUAAAACUUCCUGAUGUAGGGCCAGAGCAGUACUGCUGCAGGGAGGUGCUUGCCUUGGCAUUCAGGUCCGUCCCCAGCACACACAGAAGCCCCACCGGGAGUGAUCGUUCAGUGGAGCGCCAGGAGGAAGCCCUGAGCACCGGCAGGUUUAGCCAUGCCCCCCACACCCACCAGAAAACCCCUUUUAGAUGAAAUGGAGAUGUAAUGGAUUUUAAGCCAAGGGAAAGAAUUGGUGCUAUCUUUCCAGGUAUCUUAGGGAUAAACAUUAUUCCGAGGUAGUCUGUCCAUAGAGGGUCUUAGAUUAUUGACUUGCAGUCAUGCUUUGUGCUUGGAAACAACUGGAGAAAAAGCAGAUGCUAGAAUCCUAGUUUAACACGUAGCAGUCUUUGUUUAUUGUGUAAAAUUCUAUAUAUUUUGUACAAAAGUUCUUUUGGUGGGAUGAAUUAUUUACAGUUUGUUUUUGGACUGAAUGGAAGGAGUUUAAGUGCUUUGUCUCAAUUUUAACCUGGUCUUUUGUACUUUUCUUCAGAAGAAAUGAAUUAAAAAAGAUCCAGCUGCAUUAAAGUGGGUUUUUAUCCUAAUGGAUUGAAAAUAAUAAAAUUUAUUUUGCCUUUAA